AUGAAUAAAACGGUAUUUGAUUCAGGAGACAAUAAUGGGGUUUUAGAGCAUGUGGACAAAACUGACUCUUUAAGUUCAGAUCAAAAUAUGGCUGAGGAAAUAAUCCCUGAGGCUGCCGAAGCAUCUGAAAAAAUAGAAUGGAAAAAUAAUGAUAUUACCACAAAAACUAUUGCUGACAAAAAAUUACAAUUGAAAGAAAGAAUAGAUCAAUGUAAAAAUAUACUUGCAACUCUAAAAUCAGAACUUGAUGAAGAGAAAUGUAAACUCGAAAAAGAAAUAAAAGUUAAUAACCCACAACAAAAUAAAAUUUCGUCAACCAUAAACAAUAUUAAUAAUGAUUGUCCUAAUGAGAAAGCGGAAAACUUGUUUACACCAAACAUGUUUGCAGCUACAGUUCAUAAUAAGCUUAGAUGCGAUGAAAACUUAAUAGAAUAUGAAAAACAGUUACAAAAAUAUCAAAACACUCUCAAUAUGGCGCAAAUUGAGAAAAAAAAUGCUAUUCGGAAACAAAUGCUAGCAAAAGCUUACAAGUUAAAACUUUUAGAAGUUGAAAAUCAAUGUAAUGUUGAAUUAUUACGCAUAAAGCAAAGUAUCCAAUGCCUGGAACCUUUGAAAAUGAUUGUAGAGAAGUGGAAAACUACUGGAAAUGAAAACGAAUAUGAUUUAAAUAAUUUCGAAUUGAUUCCUAGGUAUCCUGAAUUGAGUCCUAAUUCCGACAGCGAUGUUUCCACCAAUUUUAAUAAUGAUAAUGCG